AUGGUGGAAGGAGAUACUCCUGAUAAAGUGGUGGAGGAAGACGACAAGGUGAAAGAUGAGAUGUUAGAUACGGAUAUGGAUAUGGAUAUGGACAUGGACAUGGAUAUAGAGGAGAACAACGGUUCAGAUUCUGGUCCAUCCACAAGACACAUUUCGAAAUCACCAAAAAGAGAAACUCUAGACGAUCUAUUCAAACAUAAUGAUGCAGCUGAACCAGAAAUCAAGAAUGGUAUUGGUUACAGUAACGGAUCAACUUCUACUCAUACUUCUACUUCGGCUUCUAGAUCAAAUUCAAAUCAAAAUUCAGGCAGGGCAUCACCAACUUCAGUAAUAGGUGAAGAAGACUUAAAACCACGUACGCACAAAUCGAAGAAAUCAAAAUCUACCAGUCAUUCGACAAUACCGAAAAUCAAUAAUGGCCCUUUGUUAAUCGAUGAUCUACCAAUAGCAUGGGAUGAAGCACAUGAGACAUUUGAUAGUUUGGAUAAAUGUCAUUAUGAAUCUAAGAAUCUGGGUUUGAGUAGAGAACAAGAUGAAAUGAUGGUUUGUGAUUGUAUAUACGAUAAGAACGACCCAGAUGCAGAUCCUUGUGGACCAGAAUCAGAUUGUAUAAAUAGAGCUUUAUUCAUUGAAUGUUUAGCUGGGGAAUGUAGAGCUGGAAAACAUUGUAGGAAUCAACAAUUCGCAAGGAGACAAUACGCAAAUGUCGAAGUUGUCUUGACAGAAAAGAAAGGUUUUGGAUUAAGAGCUGGAUCAAGUAUACCUGCAAACACACUGAUAUACGAGUAUAUAGGUGAAGUGGUAGCAGAACGGACAUUCAGAAAGAGGAUGCAGCAAUAUGCAGAUGAAGGAAUAAGACAUUUUUACUUUAUGAUGCUACAAAAGGAGGAGUACAUCGACGCAACCAAAAAAGGAGGGAUAGGAAGGUUUGCCAAUCAUUCAUGUAAUCCAAAUUCUGAAGUACAGAAAUGGGUUGUAGGAAGAAGAUUGCGUAUGGGUAUAUUCACAAAGAGGGAUGUGAUAAAAGGAGAAGAAAUCACUUUCAAUUAUAAUGUCGAUCGAUAUGGACACGACGCGCAAAUAUGCUAUUGUGGUGAACCAAAUUGUGUUGGAACAAUAGGUGGCAAGACUCAAACUGAUGUUAGCUUGAGUACCAUGAACGAUCUGUUCCUUGACGCUCUGGGUAUAUCCGAUGAAGUAGAAGCAUUCGGUAUGAAAGGUAGUAAAAAGAAGAAGUCCCGUCAAUUAGAUGCAGAUUUCAUCCCCACGCUGCGUCCAAUAGAAGAACCGGAAGUGCAGAAAGUUGCAGCUGCCAUGCGUCAGUCUAUGGAAAAUAAGACUAUGAUGUCUAGAUUACUGCAGCGUAUCAAGAUGUCAGAAGAUCCAGCAAUACAGCGGCAGCUCAUGCGAAUGCACGGGUUCAGUCUGAUGAGCAUGGUAUUGGCUGAAUUAGCAGCUGAUCGGGACAUUGUACUUCUGGCGCUUGAAAGCAUGAAUCAGUGGAAAUUGCAAAAUCGGAAUAAGAUCGAAGAUUCCAAUAUCGAAGAACCGAUCAAGGAUUUGCAAACCAGUUCAGAUGAUGAAAUCAGCAAACUUGCCAAGCAACUUCUUGAAUAUUGGUCCACCCUUGAGUUGUCUUAUAAAAUUCCCAGGGUGAAUAAAAUCGCAUCGCUCGAUGCCGAAGAUGAAGCUGGAACUACUACAAUCGCAGAAGCUGCAUCAAAUUCAACAUCAACUCCGCGUCGUCCAGAUGCAUGGGAAAACAAUGUUCAAAUUCAGUUGGAUGUAGCACCCGUUCGACCUCGUAUACCUAUUCCUUCUUUCCAUCGACCACGUCCACCACGUCCACCUCCACUAGUAUCGAAGCCCUCUUUGACCACCGCUCAAUCUUCCGACAGACUAAAACUCGAUGCUAUCAUAGCGCUAGCUCAACAGAAUCUCCAAUCAGCUCCUUUUAUCCCCGCACCUUCGGAAUCUCCAGCCGCCGAAUCAAGUCGUUCCGGAAGUAUGAUCGUUGAAGAAGAAGAUCGACGCAAAAGGCAGAAGAGAUCGCAUUACAGUUCUUUGGAUUUGAAAGAGGAUGAAGAGACCAAAAAGGAGAAGAGGAUGACUAAGCUUGUUGGUGAAGUCGUAGUGAGGAGUAUGAGUAAAUACAAGGAACAGAUGGAACAUGACACCUUCAAACGGUAUGCGAAAGAGUGCACUCAAAUCUUGGUCGAAAAGGAGAAAAGAGGAAAUACUUAUGCUUCCUCUAGACAUUCAUCGCUGUCGGACGAUAAGAAAGCCAAAAUGAAAUCGUUCACCAAGGAAUAUACUCAUAAAGUCCUUAAACGGCUGAAGGAAAAAGGCAAAUUGAUCCGUCCUACGUUGACGUCUUCUUCAAAACCUAGUCCAGCUUCGAACGCAACAGUGAUCAUAACUCCGAGUGAGAAAGAAGAAAGCGGCAAUCAAGUUGAAUUGAUGGAUGAUAUCUUUGGAAAGGAUCAUGACGAUGAUAUGGAAGGAAAUGAGACUCCAAUAUCCGAAAAGCCUUCCAUGACUAAAAGUGGAGAUGAUGGAAAUCCAACGAUAGAAGAGAUUCAAACAGCACCCGCUAGUAUACGCAAAUCAAACGGUGGCGGAUAUACAGUCGAACGGUUGGAUUUAUCAAGUCUAGGUAAAGUCAAUGGACUGCACCAUCCUCAAAAUGACAAUCUGCAGGAAACAUCUGAAUAUACUCCUACUAGAACAAUCAGUGAUCGAGGUGGUGAUGGGAUUUCACCGGAUCGAUGA